ACGGUUCGCUCGCUCACAAAACAAACCAACACAGGGAUUGGAGUUGGAACCGGUCAUUCCCAAAAUGGCGAUGCUGUGGCUGGCGAGGACCGCGAUGCGUCGGGUGGCGGUGCAACAGCCGGCGAUGCGUUCCUUGGGCUCCUUGACCUGCGCUUCUUUUCCGGGUGCGUCGGUGGAGGCUGGUGCGGUGGUGCCGUGCGGCCGCGGGGACAAGAAGACGAAGCGAGGGAAGCGAUUCAAGGGUUCGUACGGAAACGCGCGGGGGAAGCGGAAGACGAUGAUCCAGCGGAUCAAGGACCGGGUCGAGGUCCCCAGGUCCACGCCCUGGCCGCUCCCCUUCAAGCUCAUCUGACGUUCCAACUCGUAUCUCGCUCAGGGAGUACUUAUGGACGAUAUUGUGAAUUAACCAUGUCUUGGAUCUCUUAUCAUUACCAAAGCUGUAGUAGAACUUGCCGUGUUGGGGAAUGUAUAAAACUAUGGAAGUAAAUGGAAAAAGAACUUGGCCGCAACCUGCAUGUACAGAAGGGCCAAACGGCUAGGUGCUGGGCAUAUUCACAACACUGCAACGAGAUGCUAAGGCAUGUCUUGAUUUCUUUUAGAGUUAAUUUAAGUACUUUGUGUCUAACUAUGUGGCAAAAGGGCAGAUGGGGUAAAGAGACUUCAUGUUUAUGUAGUUAAAUUUUGAUGAAACAAGCAGUUUCUCAACCGAAAUGUGUUCAAAUUCCUUCAACUGAAAUUUACUAAACAAGGGGCAAUGAGAAACAUGGUCCCUUGUUGAGAAGACAUAAGUUCUAUAAAAAUAUGAUAACUUUGAAUAUUA